AUGGCUUCUGAAGAACCAUCCCUGAACCCAACAAACCCUGAAGAUCAAUCACAAAAUGAAGAAAGCAGUGGUGAGAAAUUGUCCAAAAAAGAGGCUGCAAAACUUGAACGCUUGCGCAAACGCCAAGAAGCGGCGGCGGCUGCCGCGGCCACCAAUAUUUCUUCCAUGGCAAUUGACGCUGCGGAUCCAUUGGCCGAAAAUUACGGUGAAACCCCAUUGGAUGAUUUGAAGUCGAUGGAAAUCUCGGGCCGAAAGUGGACGGAAGUGAAGGAGUUGAAUGAAGGGUUGAAGGACCAGGAUGUUCUGCUCCGGGGCCGGUGUCAGGCAAUUCGAGCCGUAGGGAAAAAGAUGGCGUUUGUUGUGGUGAGGGAACGGGGUUUUACGGUGCAGUGCAUCUUGACUGUGACGCCUGAUGUUGUCAGUGCCCAGAUGGUGAAAUUUGCCACCAGUUUGAGCAGGGAAUCAAUUGUUGAUAUCGAAGGAAUUAUCUCUGUGCCUGCUACUACUAUCACAGGCGCCACUCAACAGGUGGAGGUGCAAGUGAGAAAACUUUAUUGUGUCAACAAGGCUAUUCCUACACUACCUAUUCAUAUUGAGGAUGCUGCUAGAAGUGAAGAGGAAAUAGAAAAGGCUUUGAAGGCUGGAGAGCAACUUGUUCGUGUAAAUCAGGAUACACGAUUGAAUUUCAGGGUCCUUGACAUUCGCACGCCUGCUAAUCAAGGAAUUUUUCGCAUUCAAUGUCAAGUUGAAAAUAUAUUUAGGCAGUUUUUACUGUCUGAAGGUUUUGUUGGUAUCCACACACCAAAAUUGAUAGGAGGCUCUAGUGAAGGUGGUUCAGCUGUUUUUAAACUCGAUUACAAAGGGCAACCUGCAUGUCUGGCACAGUCACCUCAGCUUCACAAACAAAUGGCAAUUUGUGGUGAUUUCGGCCGUGUUUUUGAGAUUGGUCCUGUCUUUAGGGCAGAGGAUUCUUUUACUCACAGACAUUUGUGUGAAUUCACUGGUCUUGAUGUUGAAAUGGAGAUCAAGGAGCACUAUUCAGAGGUAAUGGAUAUUGUUGACCGCUUAUUUGUUACAAUGUUUGACAGUUUGAAUAAUACUUGUCAAAAGGAGCUUGAGGCCAUCAAUGCACAAUACCGUUUUAACCCAUUGAAGUACCUGCGAAAGACGUUGCGGCUUACCUUUGAAGAAGGGGUUCAAAUGCUGAAGAAAGCUGGUGUUGAAAUUGAUCCUCUUGGAGAUCUUAACACAGAAUCGGAGAGAAAAUUGGGCCAGCUUGUUCUUGAGAAGUAUGACACAGAGUUCUACAUUCUUCACCGCUAUCCUUUGGCUGUGAGACCGUUCUAUACCAUGCCUUGUUACGAUAAUUCACUUUAUAGUAACUCAUUUGAUGUUUUUAUUCGAGGCGAGGAAAUUAUUUCAGGAGGUCAGCGUGUCCAUGUGCCUGAGUACUUGACAGAACGUGCACAAGCAUGUGGAAUUGAUGUCAAGACAAUAUCUACGUAUAUCGAUUCCUUCAGGUACGGCGCACCACCUCAUGGUGGGUUUGGAGUGGGAUUGGAACGCAUGGUGAAAGUGCUGCUCAAGUUUAAGGGGUCUCUCUCUUACACCACAGCACUAGAUGAUUGGGCGAAGACAGAUACAUUGAGCAAUGGUAAUAUUUCUAACUGGAAAGGCCUGGUUUGUUACAAUGGUCAAUUUAUAGGGCUACAACUCGAAGGAAUGGAGCUUGGGGGCACGAUCGACUUGGACAACCUUGCACAGUUACCGGCGCUGCUAACACUAAGCGUCAUGAGCAAUAACUUUGGCGGUCCAUUUCCAGGUGAUUUAAAGAAACUCCAAAGAUUAAGAGGCCAAAAUUUGGCUAAAAACCGAUUCUACGGUGAGAUUCCCGACGAUGUUUUCUCUGGUCCUAUACCAACUACACUUAGAAGCCAGGAUAAAAGCUCAUUUUCGGGAAACAACCUAUGUGGUGAGCCCCUAGACAAAUGCAGGAAAAAUUCUCUCCUGAAAGUUACCCUCGUUGUAGCCAUCGCAGUUGCAGUUCCAUUAGUAGUCAUUAUUGCUUCUUUCAUUUUCUGUCAAUGUUCAAAACCACAAGAACACAAAAAAUCCGCUGAAAUUAACAAGAAGAAAGAAUUAAGCAAUUCUAAGGGUGAAAUCUCCAAGGACUAUGAACAGGGAGACUUAUACUUUGUACGAAAUGAUAGGGAAAGAUUUGAAUUGGAAGAACUUCUUAGAGCAUCCUCUGAAGUAUUGGGAAUUGGAAGUUUUGGAUCUUCUUACAAGGCUGUCCUUUUCAGUGGCCAAAGAUUGGUUGUUAAGAGGUUCAAAGAAAUGAGCAGUUUAAGAAAAGAUGAAUUUUACGAACACAUGAGAAGACUAGGAAGGUUGUCUCACCCUAAUCUGCUGCCGCUUGUGGCUUUCUACUACACAAAAGAAGAAAAACUUUUGAUAACCGAGUUUGCUGAACAAGGCAGCUUGGCUAGUCACCUCCAUGGUAAUCGAAGUCCUCAACAACUAGCUCUUGACUGGCCAACCCGCUUAAAGAUCAUCAAAGGUAUAGCCAAGGGAUUGGCUUAUCUUUACAAGGAGCUCCCCAACAUAACCGUACCACACGGCCAUCUAAAGUCAUCCAAUGUUCUGCUAAACUACACAUAUGAACCCCUUCUAGCUGAUUAUGGCCUAGCACCAGUGAUCAACAAGAAGCACGCCCAACAAUUUAUGGUAGCCUAUAAAUCACCAGAGUCUACACAAAAUGACAGUUUAAAUAGAAAGAGUGACGUAUGGAAUCUUGGGAUUCUGAUACUAGAGUUGCUCACCGGCCAGUUUCCCGCGAAUUAUCUGAAUCAAGGGAGAGGAGACAAGGCUGAUUUGGUAGCAUGGAUUAAGUCUGUUGUAAGAGAAGAGUGGACUGGUGAGGUGUUUGAUAAAGAAAUGAAUCUGACCCGGAAUGAGGAAAGUCAGAUGAUGAGGCUUCUGAAAAUUGGGAUGUGUUGCUGUGAAUGGGAUGUGGAGAAAAGAUGGGAUUUGAAUGAAGCUGUUGAGAAAAUUGAAGAGUUAAAGGAAAGGGAUUGGGAUGAUGACUUCUCUUCAAAUGCUAGUGACGAUGUGUAUUCAUCGAGGGCCUAUUACUAA